CUAACGGGUAAGGAGAACCGUAAAGCUUCCAUCACUCGAUAUCUUUCUGUUCCGUCAGGACUGGAGGCUAUCUCUCCCUAAAGAUCGCAAACAAAAGAUCCAGAUAAUUAUCCUUCAGAAUGUCCCGUGAACAGCAAGCGGUGGAGCGCGCACGGAGGGCUUUCUUCACCGGCAGGUCCAAGCCGUUGGAGCACCGGAUCCGCCAGCUGAGAAACCUGCAGCAACUCUUCAUUGCGAGGCAGAAGGAGAUUUCAGAGGCCCUCAAAAAAGACCUUAAUAAAAGUGAGGUAAGCACCCAGAUGUAUGAGACCUUGGGUCUGGAAGGGGAGAUCAACCUAGCCAUAAAGAGUUUAAAGGAGUGGACUGCCCCCCGUUCGGUGGAGAAGACCCUGCUCACCCUCUCUGACACUGUCUAUAUCCAACCGGAGCCCCUGGGUGUGGUGCUGAUCAUUGGGGCCUGGAACUACCCAUGGGCAAUCACCAUAAAGCCUCUCAUAGGAGCCAUUGCUGCCGGUAAUGCUGCUGUAGUCAAGCCUUCUGAGGUCUGUGUUCAUACGUCCAAACUCAUGGAGGAGCUCCUGCCCCUUUACAUAGACAAGGAACUUUAUCCAGUUGUCACCGGAGGUGUACCAGAGACCCAGGAGUUGCUGCGCCAGCGGUUUGACCACAUCUUCUACACUGGAAACAGCAUGGUGGGCAAACUGGUCAUGGGGGCCGCUGCCAAACACCUGACCCCAGUCACGCUGGAGCUUGGCGGCAAGAGCCCCUGCUACAUUGACAAGAACUGUGACAUAGACCUAGCCUGCAGGCGUGUCACGUGGGGGAAGUACACCAACUGCGGUCAGACCUGCAUCGCCCCAGACUAUAUCCUGUGUGAGCCAAGCAUCCAGGACCAGGUCAUAGAAGCGGUCAAGCAGUCCAUAAAGGAGUUCUAUACAGAUGACCCAAAGACCUGCCCUGAUUACGGCCGCAUCAUCAACCAACGCCACUUCAAGAGGGUAAUGGCCAUGACAGAGGACAGCACCAUCGCUCUGGGAGGAGAGAAUGACGAGUCAGACUGUUUCAUUGCCCCAACAGUUUUGCGGGACGUGAAACCAGAGGCGAAGGUGAUGCAGGAGGAGAUAUUUGGUCCACUGCUGCCCAUCUUACCCGUCAGCGGAUUAGAUGAGGCCAUUAAGUUCAUCAACCAGGGAGAGAAACCCCUCGCACUCUAUGUCUUCACACCCAAUGACAAGGUAAUUAAGAGAAUGAUAGACGAGACCUCCAGCGGAGGGGUGGUGGCCAACGACUGUCUCGUUCACUACUCUGUCAGCACUCUGCCCUUUGGUGGAGUAGGAAACAGCGGCAUGGGUUGCUACCUUGGCAAGUUCAGCUUCGACCAGUUGAGUCACCUGCGAGGCUGCCUCAUCAAGCAGCUGAAGAUGGAGGGAGUGAACAGUAUGCGUUACCCUCCUCACACGGAAAAGAAACUAAGCUGGGCGCGCAUGUUCAUCCUGAAAAACCCCAAUUUGGGCUGGAUGGGACGCAUGGUGCUCCUGGCCAUCCUCGCUGUGGUGGCAGCCGUCGCACUACAGAAAUACUUCCUGUGAAGGGCAUUCCAGUUAUUGGCACCCAAAAGAAGAAGUGAAGACAAAAGACCAGUGCCAGCUCCAAUAACAUGGAUAGGUCUUUAUUUCCCGGACUACAAGUCGCACCGGAGUAUAAGUCGCACUCGGCAAAAAAUGUGUUGUUGCAAGGAGAAAAAAAUAUCGCAAAUAAGUCGCUUCAGCGUAUAAGUCGCAUUCAUAUGGUGAUACUGUAACUGUAGUGAUACGGGUCAGGGUUUUUUUUAAUACCCGCACCCACCCGACCCGUUAUUAGAGCCAAUCCGCACUGCCUGACCCGCUAAAAGAUGCGUUGAUUAACCACCCGAACCCGACCAGACCCGCAAACCUCCAGAUUUAGUCCGGGCGACAGCAAAGUGAGCGGCGUUGCGCUAUUUCGUUUUUGGGCUGUUUGCCCAGCACAACACACUAAUGCAGGGCAUCGCCUAUCGUGUCUUAGCCUGGUAUCACCUGGGUCCAGGCUACCAAAUAAACAGACGAACUGUUCCAAACGGUGUUCUUUAUGGUCGAAUAGCUGCAAAACAAGUAAACCAUCAUUAAAGAUGUGAACUCUCUCGCUUUCUCUCUUGCUCACACACACACACACACACACA